AUGGAAGAUUGUGCGCCAAAUUUUUCCAGCUGGGAUCCGACCUCAGAGCUGAUCGUUACCUACAAUGAGUUGAACAGCUCGCUGAUCGAGGAGCUCCAUGAGGAACCGAGCCCGCUAGAGUUCAUGAGAUAUGUGGCUAGGAACACCCCGUUUGUCGUGAGAAAAGCCGCCAACGGCUGGCAGGCAACCAAGCACUGGGACGUUUCGCUUCUCAAAGAAACUCUAGCCGGACAGGAGGUUAAUGUUGCUGUGACACCUGAAGGGAAUGCCGAUGCCCCGACAAAACUAUUAGACGGCAGUUUAGUGUUUGCCAAGCCGUUGGAAGAGAACCAGGCUUUUGGCGAUUUCAUAGACUUUAUCGUACGCCAAGAGAAAAAUCAAGUAAAUCAUGACGACGAGAUACGAUAUGCCCAGACCCAAAAUGACAACCUCCGACAUGAAUACUCCACCCUGUUCAGCCACGUACAACGUGAUAUUCCAUUUGCGCGCAUUGCGCUUGGCCGUGAGCCCGAGGCCAUCAACCUGUGGAUUGGUAACUCACGGUCCGUAACGGCCAUGCACAAAGAUAACUAUGAGAACAUUUACGUCCAAAUCCUCGGCCGGAAACACUUUGUCCUCUUGCCGCCGUUAUGUCACCCCUGCGUUAACGAGCAACGUCUGAGACCGGCGACUUAUGCGAGGAAAUCUUGCAGCGACCCUGACGGUGGUGGUGACACAAAAACUGCUGCAACCGCCUGCGGCCUUGAACUGCAACUUGACGAUGGUGACAAUGCCGCGGUUCCCUUCGCCAUUUGGGAUGUCGACAGACCAGACGAGCAAGCAACGCCUUACUCAAAGCUUGCACGACCCAUGAGAGUGACACUUGAGCCUGGUGAUAUGAUGUACCUCCCGGCCAUGUGGUGA